GUAAUCAUGGCAUCGUCUGUUCUUGAGAGUUCUGAAGAAAAGAUUUGUGGCUUUAAGUUGAUGAGGUUGAUUGUUGAUGGAGGGACAGAGGUGUUGAGAAACAUCUUCUUAGGCAUACAUCCAGGUAAUUUGCUUACUGUUUUGUCUACUCAUCAUCCUACACUUUAUCCACUGUUUAAAACAAAGAAAAUAAUUAUGCAAUCACAAUGGGAUAAACUGUAUCCAUCUUCCCCAAGAAUUCCAAAUAUUCAAGAAUUUGAUAUAACAUUACUUGUUAUUCUGUUAAGAAAUAUCUGUGGCUUAUCUCCACCUAGUACAGGGUGGAAUGUUAUGCCAGGUUCCACUGACAAUUCUCGUGAAGCAAACAUUGUUCGUAUUAAGCUGUUUCGCAAUAAUUUCUUUGGUCAUGUCCCUGGCACAAAUGUUAGUAGGUUAGAUUUUGAGGCUCAUUGGGUAGAGGUUGGUUCGACUUUACAUAGUUUGGGUAUAAAUCAAGUCGAAAUAGACAGGCUGAAAGCUGAGCAAUGUGGAGAGGAGGAAGUAGAUCGUGUGAGAAAAGAAUGGAAUGAAAGUGAGAAGGAAGUAGUGAUAGAACUAGGCCGAUUGGGUAAAAAAAUUGAUGAAUCCUUGAAACAAGUUAAGUCUUCCACAAAAGACAUCGUUAGUGAGUGCCUUCAUGAACAUGACUUUAAAUGCGAAAUACAAUCCUUUUACGACAACUACACUGAAGGCACUCGUGAGUGGGUUUUUGAUCAGGUAUCAAAAUGGCUAAACGACGACAAAUCGUCUAAUAUUCGUGCCUUCAUUAUUUCUGGUCAAGCUGGAAUGGGUAAGUCUACAAUCGCCGCAGUUACAUGUAAACGUUUUUCGGAACAUUUUGGAGCAUGCCAUUUUUUCCAAUAUAAUAAUAGUAGGUACAAUAAUCCAAAAUUUCUCCUCCAGUCGUUGGCAUCGCAGCUAUGUCAUGUCAUUCCCGAAUAUAAGCAAAACCUUACCAAUAACCUAUUUGGUAAUAAAGCGCAGUUGUUGGACGACCAGAACGUCGAAGGAGUGUUCUCGAUGUUGUUUGACGAGCCAUUUUCAAACAUUCCCGAUCCAGGUAAGCAUUUUCUAAUAGUAAUAGAUGCGCUAGACGAAUGCCGGCAGGAAGAAAAGCAGAAACUUGUUGAUUUGAUAACCAAACAUUUUCACAAAUUUCCCAGAUUUAUUCGAUUUUUAAUCACAACCCGACCAGAAACAGAUACUGCCCGUAAAUUCCAAAAAUUAAACCCCUUGUUUCUAGAGCCAGAUGAUGAACGGAAUUUAAAGGAUCUUCGACUUUUUUUUGAAGAUAAAUUGACGACCAUAUCUGAGUACGUUCUAAGAGAAGAGAUUUUCCAAAAAUUAGUUCAAAAAUCUGAAGGUCUGAUGCUCUAUGCAUCUUUUCUUUGUAAACUUUCUGAAAACGGCUCCAUCAUAUCUAACACCGAAGAUUUACCAGAAGGUAUUGAAGAGAUUUACGAUAGGUAUUUCAAUCGCCUUGAAGGGAAACUUAGAAAAUUAGGCAUCGAUAAAAAACAAUUUUUUAAAUUUUUAAGCGUAAUAGCAGUUUCAAAACGACCGCUUCCAUUAGCACUUCUUGAAAGAUUACUUAGCUCUGACAAAGAUCUAUCGAUUGCAAGCAGAACGUUGGGGAAAUUGAUUAAUUGCCUCUCUUCUCUCCUUGUCUUAAAGGAUGAAUGUGUGUCGUUUUUUCACAAAUCAGUAAAUGAUUGGCUAGUAAAACCAAAUCAUGAUUUUACAAUCAUUGAGACUUGUGGCCAUAGAACGCUUGCUGAUAUUUGCGUUGUUCAAAUGCAAGCGUUAAAGCAAAAGGAAGUUAGCUUAACAUUCCAUCUUCCUAUCGUCUAUGCAUUGCAGUACGGAAUACAACAUAUGCUAGAGGCGGAAAUAAAAGACAUGGAUUGUUGGACGAAAUUGAUAAACAACGUCAUUGACUUAGAAAUUUUGCAGGCGAGUGUAUGUAGUGAUAUUUACACAACAUUAAGCAAUCUUUCUAGGCUAGAAAGAUACUGUAUGCACAACAGCUUAAUAUGUGAGGAGACGCAAACUACCAUAAGGACAGUCAUCUCCAUAAUAAGAAAGUUUACAUACAUUUUAAAAGAUGUUCCGCAGUCAUUUUUGCAGCAUGUUGUAAAUGAAAAUGAUGACGUACUUUCAUCCAAAGCGUCUGCCUUGUUAAUGACACGCUACAGGGGUCUUGCAUAUUUCGAAGAGGAAGACGAAAAGGAAACUAUUAAAAAGACUUUAAUAGGCCGUAUUUUAACUGGAAAAGAAGUUUUAGAUAUUGAUAUUUCACCGUCAGAAGAUUUUCUUAUAUGUGGAUAUGCAAAAGGAGUUGAGUUGUUUUCACUUCCUGAUUUUAAACCUCUUUGGAAAAUUGAAGAUUUUAUUGUAGAAAGGGUUGCCGUUGUAUUUCCAAUAGUAUCAUCUUAUGAUAUACGACAUCGCUGCAUCGUUUUUCACCCUGGAGAAAACACCAUUUUUCCUGGACAGCUUACCCCUGUACUUAAUUUGGAAGGAAAAUUUGAAUCUGGGCGGUUUGUGUGCAAAGAAAUACCCAAUAAGUUUACAAGUUGCUGUUUUUCUCACGACAAUACCAAAAUGGUGACAAAUUACGCCAGGAAUAUGACAGUUUGGAAUCUUCUUGAAAAUACGAAAAUAGUAAGUCUUUCGUGUCGGUCAGAAUUAUUUUCCGUUUUGUUCUCGGCUAAUGACAGAUUUAUUGGAACAACAAAUAUUGACGAGUUAUGUGUUUACGAUACUGAGAAUAGAUACAGCAUGGUAUCAAGGUAUUGUGGUGCGAGAAACUUUGCAGUUUUAGUUUCAACGUUUUAUUUGGAUUCCUGGUACGUCUUUGAGCCGUUUAACGAAAACACCAAAAUAGUUAAAUAUGAUCUGACAGUUAAACCUAGUCAGGAACUUUUGUUAGGAUUUUUUCCAGGUAACGCAAGGGCUGCCGCUGAAAUCCAAGCGACUGACGAACGUAAUGAUUUUUCGUUGCUUCACCAAGUAGGCAUCUCAGGUUCUAUUUUUUUCCUCAGUAAUGAAAGCAUUUUGGUUUCUGAUGUUCACGAAAAAGAAAUAAAAUUGUUUAGGCUAACUGAGGUAAUCCAGAAGUCAAACAAGAAAAAACAAAGAAUGAAUUUGUUUUACUUGCUCUUGUUUGCGAAUAAUGUUUCUGUUUCAGUAAAUGGAAGAUAUUUUUACAUACACGAUAAAAGAAGUAAAUUUCACAUCAUGAAACUUGGUUGGUCUUUGUCGGUAAAAUCCAUUAAAUUUCAUCAAGCAAAACACGAUUGGAUAACAAAUAAUAUUUUUGUUCCAGUAACAAAUGGUGUGUUCUCUUGUGGAAAGGUGCGUUGCCCUUCAACGAAAUUAUUUAUGGGUGAAAGUAUGUUCUUUGUAGGCAUCCCAGAGCUGUGGAAUUUCGGGAUGACGCAACGUCUUGCCAGUUUCCCUGAACUAACUGGUACUUGUCAAUGUCUUUCAGUCUCAGAAGAUAUAGUUGCUUGUAUUAUGGAGUCGGAGGUUUGUUUUUUUGAUGUUUUGAAAAAAGCAAUUGUUGCACGUAUACUCUUUCCUGAACACAUUUUAGUUUUAUUAGAUGAACACGGACGUCAUAAAAUCAAAGUGAUCGCAUGCAGUAGUCUAUAUCAUGUGCUGAUGGAAAAUAAAGGAUCCACAUAUUUAUUACAACAUUCUAACUGUGUAGAAUUAAAUUCACGUGUAUUUGACAAUCUCAUACCGAAAGUCGUAAAUUACAUACGUACUGCUUGUUUCUCUCCUAAUGGGCAGUUGCUGCUAUUUCGUUUUUUCUACGUGGAAACGUUGUAUGUCUUAGACAUUGCUACACUAAACGUUCGUGGCAAAUUUUCUCUGUAUUCCAACAAAAUAUCCGAACUGGAAUUUGUUGACGAGCAACACCUUGUUUGUGGAGGGUAUAAUGAUUGCUUCUGUUUAAUUAAUGUCAAAACUUGCGACAUAUUAACUUGCAUCAGUUUGGACUUCGAUAACUAUUCAUGGCCACGGCCAUUCGGUGUGUUUGCAUGCCGCAAUACAGUUGGUAUUAUUGUUUACUGCAGCAAUUCCGAUCAAUUAAAACUAACUAAACUUUGGUUACCACAGCAACGUAAACAUGGGAAUGAACUACUGAAAUGUUCUUGCUGUAUACACGGUGGGAAUAUAUAUAACACGCCCACGCACACUGAAAUUCCCACAGCACGUUGCAGGUGUUGUAUUAUAUAAUUACAUAUACGGUAAAUGUAAUGAAGAAAAGUUUAACUUGUUUUAUUGUUCUUUUUAGUUUUUAUUCAUUUCAGUGAAAUCAAUGGCAUUUCUAAACUUAUCUAAUCUGAUUGGUCAGACCAAAUUGCACUCCAUUCAGUUCAAUUAUCAUUUCCAAUAAUCUUGAAAAUUCUUGUUCAGGUUUCAGGUAGAGGGACAACGUGAUGAGUGCUCUUCAUUGUUUUACUUACAAUGUUAUGUAGUUUUUUUUAACAUAAUUUGAAUAAUAUUAUAAUAAAGUUUUAAAACGGAAAAACGACCCAAAAUGAGCAAAUUCUAACCAUAAAAUAAAAUAUUGCAGCAAACAAAUUAAGAAUCUGAGUUUGGAAACAUUUUUUGACACGUCGCAUACUUUUCUCUGAGAACGACAUAUUGAAUAUAAAAUUAAUUACAAUUCUUCAAUGUUUUCUAUACGUUGAUACUUCCUCGGUUUAACAAUCGUUUUAUAUCGUUUUACAUAUGAAUUCUUUUUCAUGCAUAAGUUGAAGAAUGUAGAAUGUUGUACGUAUUUUUCCUUCAAAACAUUUAAGAUCUGGUCAAACGAGAAUGAGAGUUGGCAGUUGCGCAUUGUUACCACGGAUAUUUGAAGCUUUAGAUUAACAGAAUAGAUGUUUGUUGAGUGUUCCAACUAAGUUUUAACUUAAAAAGAAUACUGAUGCUGUUUGGAAAGCAUAAAGAACAGCUAGCCAAGGAUGGCGUGAUUGCAAACUCUCAUGCACUAUCAUUCUUCUUUGCUUCGGGCUUUAAAUAUAUCGGCCAAUUAUUUAACAAUUCCAUUUUCAUAGCUGGACUACUACAGUGCAUCAUCAUUUGGGAAGACAGUGUGUUAAUGCAGACCAUUAAUGCGGCUAUUACGGUUUUGUUUUCUAAGGAUAAGUAGUACAGCGGCUUUGAGAUAUUGUCUGCAUAAUUAACAACAGCAGUGUGUCAUGGUUCUAAAGUUUCACAAAAACCCCUAUGGAGAUUGCUCAAAGAAUUAUAUUGACGAAAGUAAUUUGAAACAAGAAAGAAAAACGCAUUCAAAAUGGGAAAAAAACUCGAACGCAGCCGUAGGCAAACAUGCAUGAAACUGGUCACGUUGGUCCAGCUUCGACACCAGACAAAUUAUUGACAAAGAAACCAAGAGCAUUAGAAAAAUUUUAAAUCAUGGCAGAUUGCUAUUGCUAAUAAUGCACUCCCUCAAGAAUACUGUGCUAUCCUUGGAAAACAUAUACGCUAGCAACUUCAUGCUUGCAUUAAUUAAGUAAUCGCCCACCCUCUACAAGAUCGUGUCAACUGUAUUCUUUCACCUGUUACAGGCUUUUGAUCUUAUAACCAAAAAGUCGUGA